AUGGACUCCUUCCACGACAAGGUCUACGCAGUCACCGGGCUCGGUGGCAUCGGGCUCGCCGUCGCAAAACAGCUCCACCGCCUGGGCGCGCGCCUCUCCCUCGCCGACAUCUCGUCCGCGACGCUCUCCAACGCCGUCGCCGCGAUUACGCCCGAUACGCCCGCCCCAGCCUCGAUCCUCACGACAGUCGUGGACAUUGGCUCCGCGGCCGCGGUGAACGACUGGAUCGGUGCGACAGUCGCGCGCUUCGGGCGGCUCGACGGCGCAGCCAAUAUGGCGGGCACGAUCGGGCCGCAGCACGGGGUGGGCCGGUUUGUGGACAUGGACGAUGCAGAAUGGGACAUGCUGGUGCGGGUGAAUCUGUCCGGUAUGAUGUAUAGUCUGCGGGCGGAGCUGCAGGCCAUCAUGGCCAGUGCGCCGGGUGGGGCGGGAAGUAUCGUCAACGCCGCGAGUAUCCAGGGGAUUCGCGGGUUUGCGCUGCAUGUAGCGUAUGCGACGACGAAGCAUGGAGUUGUGGGGUUGACGAGGUCGGUGGCCAAGGAGGUCGGGCCUGCGAUUCGGGUGAAUGCGGUUGCGCCGGGUUCGAUCCAGACGCCACUGCUGGACAAAGCCGUGGAGAUCCAGGGGUGUGCGACGGUUCCCCCGACGGUGAUUCCACGUGUGGGCACGCCAGAGGAAGUGGCGCAGACGGUGGUGUUCCUGCUCAGUGAUGCGGCAUCCUAUACGACAGGGCAGGUAUAUAGUGUAGAUGGGGGAUGGGAUCCUUGA